GGAAAUGAACAUAUUAAUGAUGUGCUUAUUUACCUAGACACUCUUAUGUCCACUGUUCAACAAAUUUCACCCCUCAAUGCUCUAUAUAAAGUUUGGAGCGGUGCACUUGAGCAUAUAUCCAACUCAAUUUCUUGGCAUCAAUGGGGAUUUGAAGGCAAUGAAGCUUCUGCAGACGAGAAGUUCCAUAGCACUGGAUUGAGUGAGAUAUACGGUGAAGGAAGUUUUUGAGGAUGUUUGAUAGAGGCUAGACAAUUGAUAAACCUUCUAGUGAGCAGUCUACCAAAUUUUAUUAUCACAUUGAUGAACUAUGGAGCAGUUCUUAUAUUUUGCCACAGGAGAGUUUUCUGAAAUUCUUAUGAUGGAUUCAUCUUGCAGUUGCAAUGUCAUGCUUAGCGUUGCUGGUGAAGCUACUCCUCCACCUUUGAUCUCCAAAUUUAUGGAGUUGGAGCCGGUGACUACCGCUGAGCUCACACUGAAAUUGGGAUCUCUUAACGCCGCUGCCGCCACCCAUGUGCCGCAGGAGGCUGCCACCUUUGAAUUCAUUGGUUUCCUCGGCCGGCAAGUGGAACAUCUGCUGACUUCCGCCACUCGUUGGAUGCCCUACGAGUAGUCUCUUCUUCACGGUUCCAGUGCAAUGAACAAGACCUCUCCCCCGACCAUCUUCUCUGUGUGAUGAAGGCUCAAUGCAAAGUCGAUCAAACUGCCCUGCUUUGGUGGUGUCGUGGAGGAUGCAGAUGAAGGGUUGCGUGAUGAGGGAAAUCUUUUCUCUAGCAUUGUCAUCCUCUGACCAACGAGGGAGACUGGCCCUCAAAAUUCCAUGGACACUCCGAAGAAUAGACUAACACUAUAUGUGCCUCAAGGAAUUUGAAAGAGGUGAAAAUGAUAGUAUUCAUGGUGGUAGUAAGGCAACUUGGAACACUUUUGGCUGAAUAUGUCAUAUUUUUCUGCAACAUUCCCACAUGCAAAUAAAUCGUGGGAGUGUGAGUUCAAGAGGUGAGUCAAGAGUGUGAAGAUGUGAAGAUGCAAAUUCAUGGCGAAAGUCAUUGUUCAUUUUACUUCUCUGAGCAUGUGUUUGGACUCCUUUCGAAUUAGAACAAGCAAAGACAAUUUGACUUUCGACAAGUACGGAGACGAAGAAGAGUUCUCUCUACUUGUUUUAUUGCCAAACACAACAACUUCCUAGAGCAUUUCAGUUGAUAUCUGUUUCUAAUGUUAGUCUUUAUACAUACCAUAAGAACGGUAUACGCCAUGCAUGAUGUGUUGAUUUGGAACAUUCUUCGAUGAUUAUAAAAUAAUGGGGGAAUCAACAG